UUAGGUAACCAGGGCGGAGAGAGAAAGACAACUGUAUCCUAGAGCAGAAAUGUGUGUGACCAGGUAAAUAGCAGGAGUAUCACUGACCAGGCGUAAAUGAGGACACAAUAAUACAACACUCUUUUUUUUUUAUUUGAAGGUAUUUAUAAGUGACACCAUGACUACUUAAAAAACAAACGUAAAAUAAAAGAAUAGGGGGAGACGGGGGAAUGUAGUUUAUAUUGUCAGGGCAGUGGAGGAGGAAAUGAGGGACACACUUCAUUGGAAAUGAGGAAACAACGAGAAGCGGACAAGGUGAAAGACUAUAGGUGAUCAGGUUGGGGGGGGGGAGGAUUGUGUCUGUCAGUCAAUUUUUCAUCUUUUACCCUUUUUUUAUUUUCAUAGAGAACAAACUUUCCUUAAAGCUUGACAAUAGUUUAUAGUGCUUGGUGUGUUUGAAUUCCAUUAGUGUUGCGGGUAUUUCCGAGGAUAUAUUUAUCUAUCUACCAAACAGACAUAUAUAAAAGAGAGACCCAAUGGAAAUGUCUGUUUUCAAAAGUGUGAGUCUCGAUUGUUCAGUGCUACUAGGCUCCAACAUAAACUUUUGACAAUAGUGAUAUAGUUUAAAAAUCAUUGACUAGUGAACCAAUAGAUCGAAGUUAUCUGAUUGGCUGUUUGUUGAUUUUCUCAAUGGGGAACUCUAAACGUAACAUUGACCACAAUAGAGAAAAAAAGAAAAAGCGACACUGUGAUACAAAAUGCCAGAAGAGGAUGUCCAUCCUGCUACAUACCCACGUGGUGCUGAUCAUCGUCAGCGCUCUGGCCGCGCUGGAUGCCAUCUGCGUUAUUGGUCAGCUGAUUUGUGAUAUUCUUAUCAUGAGAGAAAAACUUUACCACUACGAGCAAGUGGAAGAGAAGUUGACAGAAGAGCUGUUUGAUUACAUCCCUUGCCUGAACAAAACUCUCCACGUUAAGUGGAACCUGGACGCGAUCUACGCAGUUCUGACUGGAACCGACUCUCAUUUUAGCAGCACGCCACUGCCUAAACAUUGCAAUUACUCGACAACAGAUACACUCGACUCUAGCGGAUCACUCUUGUUGGACAUGGUCACUGGACACAGGGCCAAGCGGGCCAUAGAGCCUAAAGUACCAGGUCAUGAAGUGGAUCAUGGAAUUCGGUACACUUUGACCCACAUUUUUCAUUUGGGCAGCUUGGUUAUUUUGUCUGCACUUCUGUUAGAGACGUUUCUAAAAGUGUUCGCCAUGGGCAUGAAGCUUAAACAUCAUAAACUUGAGGUGUUUGAUGCAAUAGUUGUGAUCAUCUCUUGGUGUUUGGACGUAGCGCUUUGGGAAGGCAUUUGGGCACAUCCGGGUACUGAAGCAGCAAUGCUACUGAUCUACUUGUUGCCGUGGAGAGUUAUCAGGAUAGUCAACAGUUUCGUGCUUGUGAUCCAAGAGAAAGAUCACGUGCAACUCAAGAUUGUAAAACAAAGAUUGAGGCAGUCAUUGAAGAAGAACAAAGAGUCGAUAGACAAAACAUCAAUGUACAAGCACGAAUUGAAAGCUCUUGCAGGACUUUGUCGCAAACUUGGCGCCUCGGACUCAGAAAUAAACGCUUGUUCCCCUAUGGGUAAAGCAGCGAGGAGGGGCAGCGUCCAGUCUGUUCUGGAAAGGGCAGCGUCCCUGACCUUCAUUUCCACCCUUUCGAGCAUGGGCAGUCAGCCGAGCCUCUUUGACAUGGGAGACAUCAGCUCCGAGGAAGAGGACGAGGGGAAACAGCACGAAGCCCUGGAUAGAACAGCCAGCCAUAACCCCACCAUCAAAAGUGCAAUGAGCAGCACCACCAUCGACUCUAACAGUGCUGUGUUUACAUCAGAUACAGAGGAAGGACAAGGAGUUGAUAACAAAGGUUUCAAAGGCAGUCGCAGCAGUUCUCUGUCUAGCAAAGAGUCCACUGUGAUCCAGGUUGACCCUAAUGAGGUCAAAGUCAGUGACCUUGACAAAGCCAAGAAUGACAUCAAUAAGAACUAUAUGAAUCACCCGGAAGUGGCGCGCACCGACAGUGCUACAAGAUUAUAAACUGGGUGCAAAUCUCCUCGCGCUACACGAGUGCACAGUAAAAUCCAGUUGGAGUGUGUCUACAGAAGUAUGAUUUGGGCCAGAAGUUAUUAAAUCCACCAUUUCAUUUUAUAUUUAUAUUGUAUGUAAUCAUUAAUGAGACUAAGACUUAAUCUGUUGUCAUACUAGCCAAAGGGAAAUAACUUAUGGAAGCAAAAGUUUCUUUAAUAGAACAGAGGAUUACUUUCUCUUGUCUGCUUGCUACCGCCAAUGACUCAGAGACAGACCAAUCAUUAAACACGUGUUAGGAUUUAAAUUUCUUUGUAAAUAUGUAAAACCAAGUUUUAAACACAUCAAAUACUUCGAGGCUGUCUUAUUUUUUGUUUGUUUUUUAGUUGUAUUAUUUUCUAAUGCCAGAGAGAAUGUCAACACGUUGUUUCACAUUUAAACCAAUUUCAAAUAUUUUUUUUUAUUUUAAAGUGCAAUUCACUUUAACGUAAACAUUUGGGUCACGUGAUACAAGUCAUCUCUUCAUUGGUUAAAAUUUUUAUUCAAAACCUUCCUUUUUUUUCCUUCUUACGGAUUGUUAAAAAAAGUGAACGAUUAAUUUCUCAAAGUUUCUCUAGUGAGACUCGGCUCUUUGGGGUGGUGGUGUCCAGGGCCGAUUUCCAAGGUCCAGCGCCUGAGAGCGCCUUGGCAUAAGAAGAUUCCCUUGUCUUCAUCUGUCCAUCAUACUACCACGUCAAGCAUUCUAAUGUGCCAUAACGAUUUAUUAACGACUGAAAUACAGAGCAAAAGACUUAUUCAUAUUAAAUUCUCCAAAACAAAGACUUGUUACUCAAUAUUGUUAAAUCCUUUCCUGCAUCUUAAACCAAUUAACACAGGCACUAGUAUCACAAGCUCCAACCCACUUCGUCUCUGGGAAAUUUGGUCUAAGAUAAAAUAAGUUCCAAAUCUGAAAAAUGUAAAAAAAUUUUAAACAAACAUUUUGAGUUAGAAUUAACAUUAGACCUCCUUAAAAGACACUUGUGGCAGUGUGUUCUGCUAAUUAAGACCGCCUUUAGGGAAUAUAUAUCAUGUCAUGAUUUUUUUAGUCUUUUUGUACCUCGACUUGUAAAGCAUUCUCCGAUCAUUGGGCUGUCUCACCCAGCUCACAGUGACUAUCUCAGAACAAUCAAUUUGAUUGGUUCAUUUAUAUACGUCUCAUGGUACGUGUGUUAAGUAUAUGCGUGUGUGUGUGUGUUUAUAGUUUAGUUAUUGCUAUGAUUCAGCCAAGAGUGAUGUUAUAUAUCUUUUAAUUUCAUUUUAAUAUAUGUAAUAUAGUAUUGUAACAGUAUGUAUUAUAAUAGAGACAUGUACUAUGUAUAGACUCAUACUGAGUUUUUAUGUAUAUAAUGUUGUCGUCACUGCAUUUUGUCUUUCAACAUGUUUCAAAUGUUAGAGUUAUGAUCACAUUAGUCUAUGAAUGUAGAGUUAUGAUCUCAUUAGUCUAUGAAUGUUAGAGUUAUGAUCACAUUAGUCUAUGAAUGUUAGAGUUAUGAUCACAUUAGUCUAUGAAUGUAGAGUUAUGAUCACAUUAGUCUAUGAAUGUUAGAGUUAUGAUCACAUUAGUCUAUGAAUGUAGAGUUAUGUUAGAAGCAGCUCAGUGUUCUAGCUUUUAGAGAGGUUCAAAUUUUUAGUGAUUUUAAAAGAUUGAAUGUGGCCAAAGACCUUCUUUCUAUAAUAAGAAAUGAGAAACCCUGAGCCCAUGUAGAAACUCAACUAUAACUAUUAACCAGAGGCAGUUUUUUUUUUUCUUCUAAUUUUUGUGGAAGAUUUACUUCACUUUAAUGUCUCUGGCUGUGCACGCUUGAAAGUCAGUCUCUUCCCCUGCAGCUUCUAGUGUGACGAAAGAGACCAACACUUGAUACACAGCUUAGGCAUCUGUAAUCAUCCUUCUUUCUACUUCUGGUUUGUAUGUUAUCUGCAAUCCGGGUCCAUUCCUUUAUGCUUGCUCUCCAACGCCACCUUUUUCCCAUUUGUUAGAGUCGAUUUUUAAGAGCUUCAUACAUAUCUAAAUCUGUCUUCAUCGAUGUCUGCUGCAUCAUUACAGCUUGUAACGUCUGCCUUGAGGUCCUGAGUGACUGUGCAACGCCUAGUUAUACGAUGACCUCCCUCCUCAUAUUCUUUUCGCAUCGGCCUACAUAUCCUAUACCCUUACUAUUUUCACUGUAGUCACUUGUUAUCUAGUAAGAUUUAACAGCAGGACACUGUCAAAAUAUUACAAUUUAAAGUUUUUCAAAAACUUCACUUCCUGUAUUCUGACUAUUACUCCGGUGCCUUAACUACAGUCAGCGGGCUAAGUCGUGCUAUCCGGCCUCUUGAGACUCUGCCCUUAUUGCAUAAUGACGCCUUAAAAGCUUGGCUCCCAUUUGUAUUUGAAUUUGUACACUUUUUUUAUACUACCUCUAUUCAAUUUAGAACUUCUUGGAGAGUGGUUGGACGGAGGGUGGAACCUGGACGCUGAUCUCAAAAAAGGCUCCAGCAAUUUUUCUAGAAAUUUAACAGUUGAUGUAUAUCGAUGAGAAAAUAAUUACUAGCUCGUUGGCCACACGGGGAGAUCUCUAGUUUGGCUGAUAUCGUUUUUCAAGUAAAAAAUACAAUACAUUUAAAUUUAGCUAGAGAACAAGAUCUAGGUCUAGAUCUGACAUUGGUUUUAAAAGGACUAUCGUGUUCUUGAAAGGACUAUUUGGAAUUUUCGAAUGUAAGGCCUUAUUGAUUCAACUAUUGCGCGUUGUCUUCUUAGGGUCUAUCAUUGAAAUAUUACAAAGUGUAUAAAUCUAUACAUUCCCUUCUUUCUCGGUUAGGUUGGGGUGGGUGGGGAUGAAGAUGUAUCGGUCUGAAAAAUGAAAUGUUUCAUUUUUUUAAAUCUAACAUUCAUUUGUUAUUCAAAGAGAAACAGUCGCUCUAUAAGUUGUAUAAAAGAGGAAUUGUCUUUUUUUUAAGUUUUUUUUUAUAAGUUGUAAAAAGUAUUUUAAAUGUUUAUCUUCUUUAGUUUUUAGUGCUAAUAUGUUGUUUAUAAAAUUAUUUGGUAUUUGCUAUUGUUGCAAUUUUAAAUAUAUAAGGAUUUUCUCUCGAUAUGUUUGAAACUAAAUAUUUGGAAUAGAACAUUUGGAUUUGUAAAUAUGGUAUCCAUUUUAAUAAAAAUGAAAAGUUUUAAUGCUUUUAUAUGUCAUUGUAUAUUAAAAAUGUCACAUAUGAAUAGGAUUCCGCGAAGUUAUUUACAAUGUACAGACCAAUCAAAGGA